CAUAAAUGUUCGUUGGUGUGCACCCGGAGCGCGCCCGAAUCGACCUGCUAGCUGACAUGGGUAAAAAUGACCCGACAUGCGCAGUACGUUUCAGGAGUGGACGUUUGUUUGUUUUCGGUUUUCGGGUUCGCAGUUUUCGUUUAUUAUUGAUAACCUCGAAAAAGGAGAUUUUUGAUAUUUUUAAACUGUUGAGUAUUAUUUAUUGAAGUUGGUUGAAGUUGUUAAUAUGGAUGAGGAAAUGGAAAUUAAUCCCGAGAAUUUCAAACUGAUCGAAAUUGAUGGAUCACCAUUUGCAAACGAUGAAAAUCACAUAUAUUUACAACAUGUUCUAGGUUAGUAUUUAAUUUACAGGUUUCUGAUAAUAAUUACAAUAGUUUCUCUGAAUCAAUCAUUAGUUUUGACCAUUUUAUAUAGUUUUGAGAGCGACCCAAGUUGGUGAUUGUGUCAUUAAACGUCCCACGAAUUUCGCUACAAAUCUUUUAUGAAACGAUAGUUCACUUACUGAAAUAUUAUUUUGAUCCAAGAAAAGUUGUGGCAAAUUACCUAAUUCACUUUUUCUCUAGAGAAAAUAAGUAAAAUGAGAUGCUCGAUCUGGUGAAGUAUUACAAGGUUAAUAGGUAUAUUUUCUUUGAAAUGCCCAGGCCUGGUUAGAUGCGAUGCGGGAAAUAUUAAAUGAAUAAAUUUAUUUGCUCAAAUUAAUAGGAGAAUAUUGUUAUUUAAAAUCAUCCCUUGAAUUGUUUCGAAAAGCAUGAUUUUCCAGCCAGUCUAGCGGUAUCGCCGGUUGGAUUGUCGGAGGAGUUUGGUUUGAUGGCGGUGAGUUUGGUUAGUAUAAUUUUUCUCAUUUCUUUAUGCGCUUUAUACCUAUUUUUUGAAAUUUAAUGUAAUGUUUUUUUCGUUGAAACGCGUGUAUUCCGCAAUUUUUUCUUUUCAAAAAAAUACUAUUAGAACCAGAACUUACGUCUAAAAAUUGUUUUUUCCUUUAAUUGGUGGGACGCUAUAUGACACAAGACCCCCAUUAUUAUUAUAAACCAUAUAAUAUGCUACUUUUGCAACUACAUGAAUCUGAUAGAACUUGUAGGGUAUCUUUCAAAUGUGUAGGAUAUGUAGUUCCUAUUUUUUUCAGAUGGAAGCAUUAUAAUUGCACCUUUAGAUGAAGAGAUAAAAAAUAUGUUUUUUCCAUGUCAAGCCACACAGCAGUCAACUUCAAUGCAUAAGAGCAGUGGAACUCGAACAUGGACUCGAUCUGACAUUCUAGCAUUAAUAGAUGCAGUGAAAAACCAUCAGGAAAAAUUCAAGUCCAGUACAAUGAAAAAUGACGCUGUUUGGAAAAUUAUUUCUGCUACAUUGGAAAAAAAAGGAAAAUGUUUCACAGCGACUCAGUGUAAAGACAAAUAUAAGUAUCUCAAAGGAAAAUAUAUGAAAAAAAAAGAUAAUAUGAGUGACAGAUCCAGUGGUGCGGAAUUUAUAAAAUUUGAAUAUUUCCACGAAAUGGACGAAUUUUUGGGAACGUCCCAUAAUGCAAACCCUAUUGCCUUGGCUUCUAACAUCAAAAAGCACCAAGUCCCAGACACAGAAGAACGCAAUAUGUUAGACAGUGAUGAUAAUGACACUGAUACAUCGGAGCCUAGUUUGAAGAAGAAAAAAAUUGCCACUAAGCGAAAAUUGCCAGAAAAGGAGAGUCCCCUUCAGAAAUAUGUCAAAGAGUUACAUGAAAAUACAAAUAAAAGAGAAGAUAAUAUGGAAAGACGCCAUAAAGAAAAUGUGGAAUCACGCAAAGAAGCAUUAAAUGUCUUUGCUCAAAAAAUGGAUGCUAUUAUAUCAAUAAUGGCUAAUAAAAACAAGCAAUAGAGAUAAUAAAAAAAAUUACAAUUUUUUUUGUUAUUUUGUUCAAAAGUUUAUUUGUUGUGUGGUUACCA